CCAAUCCCAUGACCAAAAUACAAGUGUCCAUUUACAUUCAGCCAUCGUGUCAGGAUAAUGAGAAACCUUCAUCCUGAUGUGGGCAAAGCAGGGGAUUCAGAGAUGCUUCCUACAAAACUGACAAAAUGGCGACGGCAAUGUGAGCAGGCAAUGAAUUACAAUGGGUAUGGAACACACAGCCAGUUUGGAGGGUUGUUCAAGGAGGCUCUCUCUUGUGCUUGUCUGUCACGCCGAACAUACAAGCUUCUGGACAAUAUCAUGACCAAACACAAUGAUCUUCACAUAUCCUUUAAAGGAAAUAUGAUACAGGGAAUAUCAGGCUGCUAUGAUGAGUUAUACAUCUUCUCUGUCCUGCGACAGGUUGACGACGGUGUUAUAGGUCUCCAAGAGAUGAACGAAUCUCUGAUAAAAGAAAAGAAGAACACACGAGAGUGUCGACCGAGCCCAGAUGACCCUGAUGCCAAACAGGAGCUGGCAGUUCUUAGAGCUGAGGUGGCAAAGCUAAGGAGGGAGUUGUCGCAGAAGGCACAGAAGGUGGCAUCCCUAGAAGAGGAGCUUGCAAAGACAAAGCAGACUGGUCACAACGGCGAGGCCCGAAGAGACAUCUUCAACUUUGAAAGUCCAAUUCCUGGAAAUCGGACUUGUCGGUACAGCCGCCCUGUAUUUGCGCCUGACAGUGACAGUGAUGAUGUCUCACUUGGGGCAGGGUCUUCCAUCUCAGAUUUGGAAAAUACUAAUGAUCUACACGCAAACACCUUCCUUCAAGACAAUGACAUCUUCACCAACAACUCUCUACCAGAUAUUAACAUGGAGCCCGAAAUGUCGUCAACACCCACCAGCAACUCUAUUAUUGAUGAACAUCACAAUGAAUCUUUAACAACAACCAACUGCAACAUGAUCUCCAAUCCAGAACUUGAUGACAUCUUCUUAACCCCGGAAGCCACAAUCCUUAAGCCAAUACCAUCAGAAACUGUUAUCAGAGGACAGGCCGAAAGCAAUACAAAUAGCAGAACCAGACGCUCAUCAAAAAAAAAGGAAAAAUUCAACGUCGGUGACUCAGUCAACGCCUUGUUUAAGAAUAGGGCGCCAGGGGACAAUUUUGAGGAAUUUUACCCAGGAAAGGUUCUUGCAAUCCUCAUGUCUGGUGAUAUGCUGAGAAUCCAAUUCGAAGAUUGUACAAGGACAGUUCCUAGUGAUCAUGUUCAACCUAGAUAAAUGACACUGAACACAGGUCUUUAAACAAUUCAUCAAAAUAAUUUGUGACAUGAACAAAGAUCCCCCCCCCAAAAAAUGUAUCAAAAGAUUCAGACUUUCAAACAUUGGGAACAACAUUAAAAAUGUAAAUAAUAAUAAUAGUUGUUGUAGUUAAUGUAUCAAUGUCAUCAAAUGUUU